AUGUCCAUCGUGGUGUCUGGCUCUUUGCCCUGGUGCUGUUUAUCUGGAUCUUUCUACCUCUGUGCAGCCAAGCUCUUGCAGGCCUUUUUCUAUGGGGUGGCCUUCCUGGAUGAUGUGCUAAGAAUCAAAGGGAGAAAAGACAUUAAGAUCAUAGCUGCCUUCAGAGACCUGCUUUUCACCAUACUGGCUUUCCCUCUAACCACAUUUGUAUUUUUGACAUUCUGGACCAUGUUUCUCUAUGAUCUUGAUCUCAUUUACCCACUGCCUCUACAUGAAAUCUUUCCAGGCUGGUUGAAUCAUGCAAUUGUAACAUUCUAAUUUCCCCUCUCAUUGGGAGAGAUCAUCCUGAGGCCACAUCACUACCCAUCAAAGAGGACAGGACUCACCUUGGUGUUUGUUGCUGUCAUUCAAAGGACGCUUUUAGAAAACAAGGCUUAA